AUGAGCUCCUCCUUCGCCAGCCUCGUCAAGCAGCGCACGCAGCGCGUCGGCACAUUCAUCGGCAGCGACACGAGCACGUUCAUCUCGAACGUUUCUUCCCAGAGAGCUACGAUACUAGCCUCGCCUUCGCUCUCGUCGGGCGCCGAAACGCUCGAAGAUUGGAUGUACUGGCAGCGCGACGCCAACAACGCGCACUGCUGGACGAAGGUGUACGGAGUUCUUGACAACGAGUUCUUGUGGCUGUUUAAGGGCAACCACUCGAGCCGGACCAUGUUCUUACAGAUUGCAGUUUCCAGCGUCGAGGUAUCGGGACAGCGCCAGCUGCGGCUCGUGGACCCGAACGGCGAGGACAUGGAAAUCUGGCUGAUGGACGAGGAUAGCUUCGUCGUGUGGCGCCAGCGGCUCGAGGACGCCGCUGCGCUCACCACUCAGUUCUUCCGUAUGACAGAGCUCGAGGCACAUCGACUUCCGCGUAACAGCGCCUACCGCGGUAGUCUGGUCACCUAUCGCCGCAACAGCAAGCGUACACGCUACAAGGCCGCUAUCGAGUGGGUGGCGAUGCGCUGGAAGCAGAAAUUUGCGCGGUGA